GGGCGCGCGCACGUCCUUACGCACGCCUCGGCCGGCGGCGGCGAGGGCGGGGCGGACGGUCCCCGGAGGGAUUUGCCUCCUGGAAUCUCGAGGUAGCUUCGGCAGCAUGUGAGCAACUUCUUGCCAAGGACCGGGUCACCGCCGAGAAGGGGGCCUUAGGGAGAAAAGUAUUCAGAGGAAACCAGCGCCAGACGCGUCUGGAAUUCCACGCACCGCAGGCAGCAUGAGGUGUGCCGUGCCAGCACCUGCGGCCUCCCGGCACAGCCUCUAGCUCUCCAGAGAGGAGGGUCCUGGGAGCAGUGCGCCCGGAGCCUCUCCAGGGGAAGCACGGGGCCAGGCGUGAACGCUCUAUGAUGGACGCAAUUUUCAGCUUAUGAAGGAGUUUUAAGGAAAACAGUUAUUUAAUUUCCACAUAUUCAUGUUCGCUAGCCUUCUGUGGGAAGUGCCAGCAGUCACCCUCCUCCACUGGAGUUAUCAGGAUUUUUCUGGCACCGAGUUGAACUCUUCUUGGUACUUCUGGCAAUGACACAUCCUCAGGAGAGAUUUAUCUGCUAAAUGCUCUUGGACAAGAGAAAAAGUAAAACUUCUGGAAGCAGCGUGAGAGUAGCAGAGCCCAGAUCGCGCCCUCGUCGCCGCUCACUCACUCAGACACUCUGCCUGGCCUCGGAUGCUGGCACUGAAGACUGACCCUGCCCCGUCCACCCCUGCAGCCCGUCUCUUCUGGGGAGGGCUGGCCGCCUCGGGGGCCCCCUUCUGCUCUCAUCCUACUCCCAGGCUCUCUGUUCCGGCCGUCGAGUGACGUGAACUUGGGAAUGGAGUUGGUGCCCCUCCCCAGGCCGGUGCUGUCGGAGAGGACCAUCUGAGGCCGAGCUUUGUUCGUGGGGAGGAGGGCGCUGGCCUGGCCUGCAUCCUCCACCAUGUUCCUGUUGCUGCCUUUUGACAGCCUGAUUGUCAGCCUCCUGGGCAUCUCCCUGACCGUCGUCUUCACCCUCCUCCUGGUUUUCAUCAUAGCCCCCGCCAUUUUCGGAGUCUCCUUUGGUAUCCGAAAGCUCUACAUGAAAACUUUGUUAAAGAUCUUUGCGUGGGCGACCUUGAGGAUGGAGCGAGGCGCCAAGGAGAAGAACCACCAGCUCUACAAGCCCUACACCAACGGAAUCAUUGCAAAAGAUCCCACGUCACUAGAAGAAGAGAUCAAAGAAAUUCGCCGGAGUGGUAGCAGUAAGGCUCUGGACAACACUCCUGAGUUUGAGCUCUCUGACAUUUUCUACUUCUGCCGGAAAGGGAUGGAGACCAUUAUGGACGAUGAGGUGACAAAGAGGUUCUCGGCAGAGGAGUUGGAGUCCUGGAACUUGCUGAGCAGGACCAAUUACAACUUCCAGUACAUCAGCCUUCGGCUCACCGUGCUCUGGGGCUUAGGAGUGCUGAUUCGGUACUGCUUCCUCCUGCCCCUCAGGAUAGCUCUUGCUUUCACGGGGAUUAGCCUCCUGGUGGUGGGCACAACGGUGGUGGGAUACCUGCCAAACGGGAGGUUUAAGGAGUUCCUGAGUAAGCACGUUCACCUGAUGUGCUAUCGCAUCUGCGUACGAGCCCUGACGGCCAUCAUUACCUACCACGACAGGAAGAACCGGCCUCGAAAUGGCGGCAUCUGUGUGGCCAAUCAUACGUCUCCCAUUGACGUCAUCAUUUUGGCCAGUGAUGGCUAUUACGCCAUGGUGGGGCAGGUGCACGGCGGUCUCAUGGGCGUCAUCCAGAGAGCCAUGGUCAAGGCCUGCCCCCACGUCUGGUUCGAGCGCUCGGAAGUGAAGGAUCGCCACCUGGUGGCUAAAAGGCUGACCGAGCACGUGCAGGAUAAAAGCAAGCUGCCCAUCCUCAUCUUCCCGGAGGGAACCUGCAUCAACAAUACAUCUGUGAUGAUGUUCAAAAAGGGAAGUUUUGAAAUUGGAGCCACAGUUUACCCCGUUGCGAUCAAGUACGACCCCCAGUUCGGUGAUGCUUUCUGGAACAGCAGCAAGUACGGGAUGGUGACGUACCUGCUGAGGAUGAUGACCAGCUGGGCCAUCGUCUGCAGCGUGUGGUACCUGCCUCCCAUGACGAGAGAGGCCGAGGAAGAUGCCGUCCAGUUCGCAAACAGGGUGAAGUCCGCCAUUGCCAGGCAGGGAGGCCUUGUGGACCUGCUGUGGGACGGUGGUCUGAAGCGGGAGAAGGUGAAGGACACGUUCAAGGAGGAGCAGCAGAAGCUGUACAGCAAGAUGAUCGUUGGCAACCACGAGGACCGGAGCCGGUCCUGAGCCCGCGCUGCCGCCCG